AUGAUUAUAAAUUCGUUUGGGCAAACGGAGAGUCUUCAAGCUCUAAAAGCCGACGGAAAACUGACAAUCACACACACGGAAGAAAACCUGAUUUUCGGGUUUUCUUUAGCAAAGAUGAUAAAAAACACGAAAUCACCUAUGGAGAAAUAAAGCCCCCUUCUACACCUAAUGUUGUGAACAAAGCUCUGAUAAAACUAGCCGAGUUCAUGAAAGGAUCCUUAGAUGAUAUUGGUAAUAAACCGGGGUUUGAAACGUUUGGCAUACUUGUCAAUGGUUCUCAUGUUAAAUUAUUUAGCAUGGAUCUCAAUUUUAAUGGUGUAUACCGUCUUAACCAAAUUGGAAAAACGAUCUUGCCAACUGAACAUGCCAAUUUUCUAACUAUUAUUCCAGUUAUUUCGAAUUUCUACAGCCUAUCGAAAAGAGUUGGCCGUGCUAUUGAGAUGUUAAAUGCUCCAUCACAAAUCAAUUCUAUC